UGGAAUCCUGAUUGGCCCAUGGCCUGAGGCGACAGAUUCCGGAAAGGGGAAGAGCAGCCAAUAUGGCGGCGGAGCGCGGCGCGGGGCAGCAACAGUCGCAGGAGAUGAUGGAGGUUGACAGGCGUGUUGAAUCUGAAGAAUCAGGUGAUGAGGAAGGGAAGAAGCAUGGCGGUGGCAUCGUGGCAGACCUCAGCCAGCAGAGCCUGAAGGAUGGGGUAGAACGGGGCGCAGAAGAUCCGGAAGAGGAGCAUGAGCUGGCAGUGGAUAUGGAAACCAUCAGCCUGGACCGAGAUGCAGAGGAUGUUGAUCUGAAUCACUAUAGAAUUGGAAAGAUUGAAGGCUUUGAGGUGCUAAAGAAAGUGAAGUCACUCUGCCUUCGUCAAAACUUAAUUAAAUGCAUUGAGAACCUGGAUGAACUUCAGAGUCUUCGAGAACUGGAUCUCUAUGAUAAUCAGAUCAAGAAGAUUGAGAAUCUAGAGGCACUGACGGAAUUGGAGGUUCUAGACAUUUCUUUUAAUUUGCUGAGGAACAUUGAAGGGAUUGACAAACUGACACAGCUGAAAAAACUCUUCUUGGUCAACAAUAAAAUCAAUAAAAUUGAGAACAUAAGCACCUUACAGCAACUGCAAAUGUUAGAGCUGGGGUCUAACCGGAUCCGGGCAAUUGAAAAUAUCGACACGUUAACCAACCUGGAGAGUUUGUUUCUGGGGAAAAACAAAAUUACAAAGCUUCAGAACCUGGAUGCACUUAGCAACCUCACAGUCCUCAGUAUGCAGAGCAACCGGCUAACAAAGAUCGAAGGUCUACAGAACUUGGUGAACCUUCGUGAACUAUACCUCAGCCACAAUGGCAUUGAGGUUAUCGAAGGCCUGGAGAACAAUAACAAACUCACCAUGUUGGAUAUUGCAUCAAAUAGAAUAAAAAAGAUUGAGAAUAUCAGCCAUCUGACAGAACUGCAAGAAUUCUGGAUGAAUGACAACCUCCUGGAGAGUUGGAGUGACCUUGAUGAGCUGAAGGGUGCCAGGAGUCUGGAGACUGUGUAUCUGGAGCGUAACCCCCUGCAGAAGGAUCCACAGUACCGGCGGAAGGUCAUGCUGGCCCUACCCUCUGUGCGGCAGAUCGACGCCACGUUCGUCAGGUUCUGAGCCCUUCUUGCGCCUCACCUGGUCCCUCUCCUCAAAAGAACUUCCCAGCCACGGUUUUUUAAUCUACCUAUUGCUCCUGACGUCGUCACUCUACCAACAGUCACAACCCAAUGGCAAUAAUCAGGCACUGGCACUACCCGGCCUGUGAUACUUCACACCAUUUGGAGAUGCCAACACUAUUAAACCUUGCCACGCGGUCUUCCUGGUGAAUCGCUGACAGUUAUUGUAGCCAUGGAGAGAAUGCAGGACAUGUUACAGUCACUUGCCCCUCCUGUUUCUAUGUCCUUAGCUUGGUGGGCACUCUGGGCCGCCCCGGCAGACCUUCAAGUUGGUUUGCAAGGUUUAAGUAGUCAUGACCUACAACAGCACACUGGAUAGUCUUUCAAACCAAUUUUGGAAAGAAAAAAAUUUUUUCUUUGCCAAUUUUGAAAAGAAAAGAUUAUACUUUUUCUUUUUUGGAGUAAAGAUGGUCCAGUGUGGGAAGCUAUAAUCCCUGGUGCCCUUCCCACAUGAGGGAGGCUGAGCACAGCACACUGGGCACCAUGUGACCUUAUUCCCGCUUGGUAAAAGCUGAGAUAUGGAGAGCUUCAUUCCGUAUCACCCAGCUAUGUGGACCUAAGUGAUAUCAGAAACGUACAUGUCUGAGCUCUCGGCCACUGGGCACUAGUCACAUGGCUCCUGCACUCACCCCUCAUCCUCUGGCUGUAUGUAGAUGAAAUGUCUCUGAGCAAACUCCUAGGGUGUAAAUCUGAUGCUGCAAGAGCAUUGUCCUCCCUCUGCGCCUCAGACUUCCUUCCAUACAGUAAGCACUAACUAUGGUCACCAAAGACCCCUGAGCUUCCAGGGUUCUAUUCUGUACUGUCCCAGAUGGGGCCACUAACUGCCACAUGUAGCAAUUACUAUUCAUAUUUAAUCCAUUGGAUUUAUUCAUCUCUUCAUUUGUGCUCACACUUCAUCUGCUCAGAGGCCGCAUAUCAUGGAAGGCAUCUAUUUCUGCCAUCAUAGAAGGUUCUGGAAAACACUGCUCUAGACUGUUUAGUAGUAGGGGGAAUGGCUUGCAUUGAGCUGUGAAGCAUGUGACCAGGUGUCCAAGCUAACCAGUUAGCCAACUGCCCAGGAGUUUGUAAUGUCAGAAUGCUUUCAUGGGAUUUAACAUCCGUUUCUGAUUCUAAUUCUCACCAAAAUAAACCGUAUGAUCUGGAUCUGUGCACCAUCUCCCUAACAAGAGUAAGCUCUUAGCAUGGACCAUUGGGCGGAGCAGCAUGCAGCCCUGAGAACAUUGUGCCAUAUCCCUGGGAUUGUCCAAGCACUAUUCAUGUCAGAGCAAAAGAAAAACACCUUAGACACACAAGGACUGAAAUGUAGGUGUCCUUGCUGCAGUCACUCAUAGGAAGCCCACACCUGCAUGGGCUUCCGUAGAGCGAGACGUAAUGUAGAGGGAGUGACAGGCAGCAGAGCCUCAGCCGCUCAAGGAUGUCCCUGCAGCAUUCAGUUGUAGGAGAGCCCUGCCAGGUAGAUGGAAUGGAUGAGGGAAUAUCUCCAAAUGAAUUGAAAUUCUGGAAUUAGGAAAAAAUGUCAAAAAAUUAUUCCUUAAAACAGGAAGAAUCUCCAGAAUCUAGAAAUGGCUGAAAGUUCUCAGUUAUGAUCGGUAGAAAAUGCCCCUGAAAAUCUUGACAAAUGCAGGACAGAAGUAAAACCACUGCUCUUGUAGAAGAGCAUGCAUGCAAAGGUCUGAAAUCCAGGACUACUGACACUUCACCAGGAAUGCUUUGUCUCAGGAAUGAAUCCAGGGAUGGCUAGGAGCAGGCAGGACGGCCUGGGGUGCAGGCCUAUAAUCCUGUUUUCUCGUCUUCUCUGGAGGCUGAGGGAAGAGGAUGAAGGUUUAAAGCAUGCCUUAGCUACAGUGAAACCGAGGCCAGCCUCAGCAACCUAGUGAAACCCUAUCAGAAAGUAACAAUGGGGCUGGGAGGGUAGCUGAAGAAUAGAACACCUGCCUAGCGUUUAGAAGACCCUGGGUUCAAUUCCUAACACAGGAGGAGGUAAUGUAAGCAGAACCAGAAUUUACAUAAAUCACCACUCAAAGCAGUAAAAGAAAAAAAAAAACCCAUCAAUCAGUUGUAUAUAUCCCUGGAUUUCUUUUCAAGGAAAAACAUUAUUAUUAUUAUUAUUAUUAUUAUUAUUAUUAGCAUUAGCAUUAGCUCGAUGCAUGAUGUCUGUGUGUGGGUGUGGGCACAUAUGUGCUGUGGUGCAGCAUGAGGACAGACUUGUAGUGUUUUCUCCUUCCUCCUCAUGUGGGUUCUAGGAAUUGAACUAGGUUGUCAGGCUUGUGCUGCAGUUUGCCAUCUCAUUGGUUCUGUAUUCCUGGACUCUAGCAUUUUUAUUUCUUUAUAAAUAAAAAGAUAUCUUAAA